AUGAGUGAUUGUCAAUGUGAAUUUUGGAGCUCAAUUGCUGCUUUUGUUUUCCCCAGUAUUUUGUUCGUGCGUGAGAUGAAGAAGCACAGUUUGGGGCUUCCUCGGCCUCUGUCCUACGCGAAGAUCCAGAAUUUCAGCAAAACCAGCCUUCUGUUCUACAUAAAAUGCCUUCACAAAAUCAUUUCUCGCGAGAGGGUUGUUUUGACCUCUUUCCGGAAGAAAAACAGGAAGCUGGAAACGCAAAUGAAGUCUCUGAAGUGCCAGGAAGAGACACCGGCGAAAGUAGAGACUGAGGAUCCGCUGAAGUUUGUCCAAGAAAUCAAAUCCGUUGCCGAAGAGGCUCAGAGAGUGGCUGGAUUUGUCUAUGAGCCUGUGUCAGGAUUGUAUUAUGACAACAAGACAGGAUACUACUAUAACGCGGAUCUGCGGCUGUAUUACGACGGGAAUACAGGCGUUUACUACUCUUAUGACGCUGCCACAAAUCAGUUCCUGUACCACUCUCAGGUCUACACAGAUGGGAAGGAGAAUAACGUGGUUUCACUGAUCUCUGAGAUGACUGGUGAGAAGAAGGAGAGCCAGAGUGUGCGCCGACGGCACAAGAAGAGGAGGAAAUCCCCGGAGAAGGUGGAGAAGCCCAAGGAGGACGUGGAAAUGGAGGAUGGCGAGGUAUUGAGCUCUCCAGAAGAGUCCGAGGAGGAAGAGAAGCUGUCCGGAGACGCCGUGCGUUAUGCGCCAUCACUCAGGCUCAUCGUCCAGGAGAGUGCAGUUGAGAGUGUCUCCGCAGGAACGCUAUUCGUGAUCACCUGCAGGGGUGGCACGCUGGGCAGAGAAGGACAUCACGAUAUUCUCAUACCAGAUCUGAAUGUCUCCAAACAUCACCUCAAGUUCAUCUACAACGACGCGAAGUCUACGUAUCAAAUCAUCGAUUUGGGCUCAACGAACGGCACAAUUCUCAACAGCCAGCGAAUGACGACGUCCAAGCGGGAGAGUGAUCCUGUGGAUCUGCUCCACGACAGCGUCAUCGAGCUCUCGGGCACGCGUCUUCUCUGUCACGUCCACGGCGGCUCCGAAACCUGCGACGACUGCCAUCCUGGCCUCCUGAAAGCCACUCAAAAGACAGCCAGCUCUGCUGCUGAGUCGCAGUCUCUGGAGCAGUCACGCUUGCAGAUACAGAAGCGCCUGCAGAAGAAGUACGGACUGGCGACGGAGAAGUACGAGGAGCCGAAGAGCUUCGCCGGUGAGGCUUAUGUUGAUCGCGCGGCCAAUCGGCGCGUGACUGUGGGCAGUUCGCACGACGGUGAGAAGACGGAAGUGGCCUCGACGGAGUGGGCGAUCUCCCGGAAGAACAAGGGCUUCAAGCUGCUCUCCCAGAUGGGCUGGUCGGAGGGACAGAGCCUGGGCAACACCGAGGAGGCGCUCAAGGAGCCCAUCUCAGUCGUCGGCAACCAGGGAACCGCCGGCCUGGGAUACGGCAGUUGAGAUGAUCUUCCCACAAUCUCUGUAUUCUUCGUGGCUUAGUUCGUGGCUUGAUUUCAAUAGACGCCCGGCAAAAUCUGUUUCACAACUUUUUAUCAGGAUCGUUGAUUGCGCCGAAUGGGAGAAGCAUAUGCUGCAUGCAGCUUCAGCUUUGAUUGAGCGUAAAAUUCAUUCGAAUUGGAACGAAGUCGUUGUGCUUUUAACAACUUCAUCAAUAACUGAGGAAUUGGAGACAACAGACAACUUGCAGUCUGGAUAAAUCCCAUCGUGAAUAAAUAAUUGCAGAAAUGAUAUUUGCAGUACAGCAGAAAAUUGUUUAAUUGAAAAUGAGCACUAUUAAA